UACGGCCGAGUCGGUGGCGCGAGUCAGAGGCGACGGGCACGACGAGGCGGCAGGCCCCUGGCAUUCUACUGCCCGACAUGGACUAGCGACCCGCCAGUCCACCGCAGGGGCUCCGAGCCACCCGCACUACACAUUUGAAGAGUAACAUUUUAUCAUCAUGACUGUGGUCAACGAAUGGGUGGCAGGAACUCGGUUCGGCGGUUGGGUACAGAGAUGCCGGGAGUCGCGCCGCCUCGUUCUUGUCAUCGUCGCCAUAGCGUUGCUCUUGGACAACAUGCUACUUACUACUGUCGUACCGAUAAUUCCUGAAUUCUUGUACGACAUCAAUCACCCCAAUGCUACUUUGGACAAACUAAGUCGAGUGACAACAACUACGACUCCUUCACCAACACCGAAUCCAUGUGCACAAUAUAUAAAGAAUCAAAAUGCCGACAUUUCUGUUACGACAUCGUCUAACGAUUUCGACAACGUGUCAACAGUAUUCACAACCACGUUAGAUCCAGAACAGGAAGAGCAAAAAAUGCGGCACCAUGAUCUUGUACAAGAAACCGUAGAAGUGGGAAUGAUGUUUGCUUCGAAGGCAUUUGUGCAGUUAUUGGCAAAUCCAUUUGUUGGACCUCUAACUCACAAAAUAGGCUACAGCAUCCCCAUGUUUGCAGGUUUCGUCAUAAUGUUUCUUUCCACAAUAAUAUUUGCAUUCGGUCGGAGCUACAGCGUUUUGUUCAUCGCGAGGGCACUUCAAGGAAUCGGAUCUUCCUGUUCCAGCGUAUCCGGCAUGGGAAUGUUGGCUGAACGUUAUCCUGACGACAAGGAGCGAGGAAAUGCAAUGGGUAUUGCACUGGGAGGAUUGGCUUUGGGGGUACUAAUUGGGCCACCGUUUGGAGGAGUCAUGUACGAAUUUGUCGGCAAGUCGGCGCCGUUCCUCGUUUUGUCAGCUCUGGCCCUAGGAGAUGGUCUUUUACAAUUGUUGAUGUUACAACCAGCAAUAGUACGACAAGAAUCAGAUCCGCCGUCUUUGAAAGCGCUAGUAACCGAUCCGUACAUCAUCAUUGCAGCAGGUGCUAUAACAUUCGCCAACAUGGGAAUCGCAAUGCUGGAACCUUCCCUUCCCAUAUGGAUGAUGGACACGAUGGGUGCCGAACGGUGGAAGCAGGGAGUAACUUUUCUUCCUGCUAGUAUCUCGUACCUGAUCGGUACCAACCUUUUCGGACCCUUGGGACACCGAAUGGGACGCUGGUUAGCCGCUUUAUUAGGACUGGUCAUCAUCGGAAUUUGUUUAAUGUUGAUACCCCUCGCAACAAGCAUGAAUCACUUGAUCGUCCCAAAUGCUGGGCUUGGAUUUGCGAUAGGGAUGGUCGACAGUUCCAUGAUGCCAGAAUUGGGUUAUUUGGUCGACAUUCGACAUACGGCCGUCUAUGGCAGUGUCUACGCUAUCGGUGACGUUGCUUUCUGCCUUGGUUUCGCUAUUGGUCCAGCUAUGAGUGGAACCUUAGUUAAAAAGAUUGGCUUCGAAUGGAUGCUUUUUGGUAUUGCCAUACUGAAUUUUCUGUACGCUCCCCUACUCAUCAGUUUGAAGAGCCCACCGACUAAAGAAGAAAAGAAGUCUCUGCUACUAGACGAGAAGACAUCGGUGAGGUACGUGACGUACCAGAACGAAGAUGAGGAGGAGUAAAUGUGGCAACGAUGCAAUAAUAUUAGAAGUUCUCGAAUGUUCCACAAAAGAUUCGGGUGUGUGUAAAUUGCUUCGAGGUUGUUGGAACAUGGUCUUGUUAAAUUUUCACGCUCUGAGAGCGUAUCUGGACAGACUUUCAGAGUUUCUUUCGUGUUAAGUUAAAGCAUUGUAAGAUAAAAGAUUGUGCUUCUGUAACCCAAAAUCGACUCUUUGAUGGGAGUUGCACUUGUCAAAAUUCCCUAACUUUUCGGGGGCCCUCGUUAUGGAUUAAUGUGAAUGGCUGCACAUAAUCCGUUCCGGCAGGAGGCGAGGCAAUCAGAGUCCCUCGAAGCACAAGAAACCUAUUGGCGUAAGUGUUGAUGAAUAAAACGGCGCUCCCAUCGUAAGCCCGGCUAAUGAUUGCCAUACAACAUUAUUAAGUGUCUAAUCUUAUUUGUAAUACGUGUAGCAACUAUUCGGCUGAAAUAUGCAUAUAAGAGAAUUGC